CGUCAAAGAGCCAAUCAAGUAUGCCGCAGCUGCCUUGCAGCCGCGCACAACGCAUCCAUACAACCCGACGCAGCAGCUCCGCCAGCCUCAGACACACACGCACUCACCCCGGGGAUUCUUGGAGCCGAGCGCCGCUUUCGCUCGCUCUUGCCUCGGUCCUCUCUGCCUCUCGCUUGCUCUCGCUUUCUUUCUUUCUUUCUCUCGCUCUCUCUUUCCCACACACACACACCCCACCCACGCUCUCUUCCUCUUCCUUGCAGGAGCUGGGAGGGGGGAGGGAAGGGAGGGAAGAGCGUUCGAGGCUUCCAGUUUUCAAAAUCGCGAUCUGUAAUACUUUUUUUUAAUUUAAAAAAAAAGUGGGAAAAGAAGGAAUCCAGCGAGGAACGACGGAGCGGAGACGGGCGGCAGAUACUCUUUGUGGUUUUUUUUUCCUUUUUCCUUUCUGGAAUCCAAACUUUGGCAAAGGCGAGCGGUGCGCGGGGGGAGGGGAAAACGGAAGCUGCAUUUUUCUACAACUUUUGGCGCGGCCGCUGCUCUGCAAGGAGCCUGAUUGGGAACAAGAGGCUUUCCUGAUUCAUACUUUUGCUUCUCAUCUGUCUGUCUAUCUCACGCUUCGCGCGCGCACGCCACCUCUCCAGCAGCUUUGAGGGGGGAGGAAUAAGACGAGGGGAGAGUCAUAAGCCAGGGAUAGGGGUGAAGAGAACUCUUCCGAUUUUCACGCUUGCAAAGAAAGAGCCCCACCGAAAGACAGAAGGUGGCGUUUUUUUGGUUUGCUUUCUCCGCCGGUCUCUUUCCCCCUCCCCAACACACACACCUCCCUUACCUGCACGGUUGAAAUCUCCACCUUCUAGCUUCAUCUCUGUCCCCAGAAGUAGCAGCGAAAGCGGGUUGAGGCUCUCCGUUUGACCGUUCGUUUUUGAACUUUUCCGAAUCGACCGUUCUUAACGUGAGGAUGGUUACAUUCUCGUGCAAAAGCGAUCGCUGAGGAGGAGGAGGUGCCAGACAGCCGAAGCGCCCUGGCGAUCCUCCGUUCCGGGUGACCCAAUGCCUCCUGCCUCCAGCUUGGGAGCACGGACUCUCUAGUGACUUGCCUAUGUCACUCUCCGACACCCCCCCCGCCCCGGUCACUCGCCUUCUUUUCGGACGGCCCUCUCUCCUUCCCUCCUCCUCCUCCUCUUCCUCCUUCCCCUCCUUCUCUUCUUCUUCUGUGAAUCGUGGCCCGAAGAUGAGCUGGUAAAGGGCCGCUCCGGGAUUCAGGACUGCGUCCAGGCCCCUAGAAGGCGAGGAAGGCAGUUGGAUGAAUAUCUCCAUGAGAGAGCCCGUGAUCCCUGGGACGAGCAUGGCUUACCACCCCUUCCUACCUCACCGGGCGCCUGACUUCGCCAUGAGCGCCGUCUUGGGCCACCAGCCGCCUUUCUUCCCGGCUCUGGCGUUGCCCCCCAACGGGGCCGCCGCGCUCUCCCUGCCCGGAGCUCUUGCCAAACCCAUUAUGGAUCAAUUGGUCGGAUCGGCAGACUCCGGCAUCCCUUUCUCCUCUCUGGGACACCAAGCCGCGGCUCACCUGAGGCCUCUGAAAAGCCUGGAGCCGGAGGAAGAAGUGGAGGACGACCCUAAAGUCCACCUGGAAGCCAAAGAGCUUUGGGAUCAGUUCCACAAGCGGGGCACGGAGAUGGUGAUCACCAAGUCAGGAAGGAGAAUGUUUCCACCCUUUAAAGUGAGGUGCACAGGGCUGGAUAAGAAGGCCAAAUAUAUUUUGUUGAUGGACAUUGUGGCGGCUGACGAUUGUAGAUAUAAGUUCCACAAUUCCCGGUGGAUGGUGGCCGGAAAAGCUGACCCUGAAAUGCCAAAGAGAAUGUAUAUCCAUCCGGAUAGCCCGGCGACCGGCGAACAGUGGAUGUCUAAAGUCGUGACUUUCCACAAACUUAAACUGACUAAUAAUAUUUCGGACAAACACGGAUUUACCAUUUUGAACUCCAUGCACAAGUACCAGCCACGGUUCCACAUCGUCCGGGCCAACGACAUCCUCAAACUGCCUUACAGCACCUUCCGCACUUACGUUUUCCCGGAAACCGAAUUCAUUGCUGUGACUGCAUAUCAGAACGACAAGAUAACACAAUUAAAGAUCGACAACAAUCCUUUUGCCAAAGGCUUCCGAGACACAGGGAAUGGGCGGCGAGAGAAACGAAAGCAACUGACCCUCCAGUCAAUGCGAGUUUAUGAUGAGAGGCAAAAGAAGGAAAAUGGGACCUCUGAUGAAUCCUCUAACGAGCAGACAGCUUUUAAAUGCUUUGCCCAGUCAACUUCUCCUGCAGUGUCGGCUGUGGGCACCUCAAAUCUUAAAGAUCUGUGUCCCAGCGAGGGGGAGAGCGACUCCGAGAGCAAAGACGACCCCUCCGAGGCCAGCGACACCGGGAAAAUCUCCACCACCACGACCGCCAUCGCCACCAACAGCAGCUCCUCGGCAGCUGGAGGAGGGGACCCGCGGGAGAAGACCAGCCCCUCCAAGGCGACCCUCUUCCCCCCGGACUCGGCAGGUAGCCGGGCAAACAGGGAGAGCGUCCCCAAGGCUGCCCCGGACUCCCGGCACAGCCCGGCCACCAUUUCCUCCAGUACGCGAGGCCUGGGCGGGGACGAGGUGAAGAGCCCCCCGCGGGAAGACUGUCGGGGCUUGGCCAAGGAGCCCUUCACCCCCCUGACGGUCCAGACGGACAGCGCCGCCUCCGGACAUCUGGCCCAGCAAGGCCACUUGUCCAACCUGGCUUUCUCCCACGGCCUGGCCGGGCAACCGUUCUUCAGCCCGCUGGGGAACGGGCACCCCUUGCUCCUUCACCCCAGCCAGUUCGCCAUGGGUGGGGCUUUCUCCAGCAUCGCUGGGAUGGGCCCUUUGCUGGCCACGGUCUCUGGGGCCUCGGCGGGAGUGACCGGACUGGACAGCACGGUGAUGGCCACGGCAGCGGCUCAGGGAUUAUCUGGAGCUUCGGCAGCCGCGGCCGCGGCAGCAGCUUUGCCUUUCCACCUCCAGCAGCACGUCUUGGCCUCGCAGGGCUUGGCCAUGUCUCCCUUCGGAAGCCUCUUCCCUUACCCGUACACCUACAUGGCCGCCGCGGCCGCAGCCUCGACGGCAGCCAACAGCUCCGUCCACCGCCACCCGUUCCUCAGCGCCGUGCGCCCGCGGCUGCGCUACAGCCCUUACUCCAUCCCUGUGCCCUUACCGGACAGCAGCAGCCUGCUCACCACGGUUUUGCCCUCCAUGGUCGGCGGCGGGGCGGAGGGCAAAGCGGGCGCCUUGGCAUCCAGCCCGGCCUCGGGAGCCUUGGACUCCGGUUCCGAACUCAACAGCCGCUCUUCCACGCUCUCUUCCGGCUCGGCGGUCUCCCUGUCGCCCAAAGUCUGCGCAGACAAGGAGGGCACCAGCGAGCUGCAGAACAUCCAGCGCUUAGUGAGUGGCUUGGAAUCCAAGCAAGACAGAGCCCGGAGUGGGUCGCCCUAGGAGAGGGGAUGGUCCCGCUCCUCAACUUCUCACUCCCCCCUUCUCUGGGCUCUCCCCCCUCACCCUCACCCCUUUUCUCUCUCCUUCCCCCCCUUUUUUUGUGGCCCUUUGCUCGAACUCGCCGCCCACUUCCUCUCCUACUUCGCGGUGGGACUGAUCAGCCAAGGGUGUCCUGGGGGAGUGGAAACCAAGUGGCGAGGCGAGAGGCCACUGACUGGACAGAGGGGGAGAGGGGCUUUUCCUGUCGGAAGCUGCUAUUAUGAACCAGACUGUGGUGUCCACUGGAGGGAGGGGGGCUGCGGAUCCUGGAGAGGCGAUGAGGUGACCCCGUUGUUUUCCCACCCACCCCCUUUUUGUUUCUACACCUAUCCCUUUAAACACGCGACAAAAUGAAAUGAAAGGCGAAGCAAAGUGACCGAGGAGGGGUCCCGUUUUUCCUUCCGCCUACCCACCCCACCGGAGAAAUGACUUUUUGCAUAUCAGUUCAAGCCUGACCAUGGCCCUGGACCAUGUCUGUUAAAGGAGGGCGUGCCCCGUUGAAUAAUCGAGUGAUGUGUCUAUCAAACUCUAUAAGGAUUUCCCCCCCCCGCAUGUUCCAUUCUAUUCUCCAUUCUUUGGGAGGGUUUUUUUUUUUUAAAUAAUGCUUGCUUAAAAUCCCAGGGUCAUUUUUAACCCUUUCCUCCCUUUUAUUUUCCAUUUCUACCGCCAGGAACAAUUUAAAAUAUAGUUGGAAAGAGGGGUGGGGUUUUUUUGUUUUGUUUUUUGGAAGGGCCGUCAUUUCCUUGGUUUCCCCCCCUCAUUCUCCCCCCCCCAUUUUCACUGUAUAUGCAAUAACAAGGUUUAUAAACAUAAUAAAAGACGAAGAAGGGGACACUAUUGAUAAAGUAUUUAUGUAAUUGAUGGAAAACUUGUAAAUAAGUGGCAUAUGAAUACUCAAAAUUAAAAAUUUAAUU